AUGACAGAUUCUUUGAGGGAAGAUCAAAUUGCUGAAAUCUACGAGGCAUUUUGUCUCAUUGACAAGAACAAUGAUGGGUUUAUUACUGCGGAUGAAUUAACCGUCGCAAUUCGAACAUUAGAUGGAAAUCCAAGAAAAGAAGAAAUCCAAAAUAUGAUUAGUGAAGUGGAUAUUGAUGGAAAAGGAUGUAUUGAUUUUGAAGAGUUCUUGAAUAUUAUGAGUAGAAAAAUAAAGGAAAAUAUGUCUGAUGAAUUGAAAGAAGCGUUCAAAGUAUUUGAUAGAGAUCAAGAUGGAUACAUUUCUGCAAGGGAGUUGAGAUGUGUAAUGAUGAAUUUGGGAGAGAAGCUAACGUAUGAAGAGGCUAAGAAAAUGAUUAGAGAAGCAGAUUUGGAUGGCGAUGGUAAACUUAACUAUGAAGAAUUUGCAAAAAUGAUGAUGAUACUAAAGUGA